AUGCAAGUGCUGCGCCAUUCGGGCCUGCGUCCUGCCCAGGCGCGUAGCGCAAGGCCGCAGGGCAAGCUCACGAGGUCUCUGCCGGUCCGCGUUGCGAGGUCCAUGAAGGUGCAGGCCAUUGCGGCGCCGGAGCGCGCAGCGGCCAAGCCCGCAAACCCCGUGGAGAGCGACAUCCGCGGCAAGCUCAAGUACCUGCUCGGCAAGAUCAAGAACUAUGAUGCCGAGGACCUGUACCGGGGCACCGCCUGGAGCGUGCGCGAGCGGCUCAUCGACGCGUUCGAGAACACCCAGGACCACUGGGCGUGA